AUGCGCCGCAACGUUGUGCGCUUGGCUGAGGUGGAGGCGCAGGCAGCGCCGCUACGCCGCAACCUAUACCUCAGCCCGGAGGCCUUGUUCUGGCUUGCUGCCUCCUUCGCCUUUGCAAGGAUCACAGCGUCGCCCUUCACCGACCCAGAGCGGUACUUCUCAUCCGUCGUCCAACUCCUCUCCAUCUUCAACGUUGCUUGCAUGGUCACCGCCCUGACGGGCUCGGGGCAAAAACCCUCGUGCUCGCCGGGCAUCCUCCUCCUCGGCUUUGGGAUGUUCGAGUUGGAGUUCUUCGCGAGCGUCGCGGGUGUUUACGCGGCCAUAACGACAGUCAAAGACAUCAUCGAGUCCCUGCGUGAAAUCUCGCCUGCGCUGGACGGCAGUAGACAAAUUCUGUUGGGUCUCGAGAAGUUUCACGCCGGCGACAUCGACUUCCUGAGUGCAGACAAUCUCGCGGAGUUCCGGGAGAGUGUUGGGGACGACGACGAGAUCAGGGCAUCGUUGCGGGCGUUCGCGAGCGACGAUAAGAUCGCGGCUGCGCAGGAGGAGGUGCGGCGCAACUAUUUGCGCUUGGUUGAGCUGUCGGAGCUGCUGGAAGCUGAAGUAGAGAGGUACAAGGAGGAUGUUUGA